AGUCGAAUAUUAUAUAGUACUCAUCCAACGUUGGAAGUUACGAAAAAUAAAUUAAGAAAAAAAAUAUAGGUUAUGUUUCUAGAGAGUGAUGCACGAAACACUGCCUCUGCCUUUUCCCCGUAACAGCAGGAACUGAAUUCUCUUAGAUCCUCCCCCUUGGACUCGGGACCUUCUCCAACCUGCCCUGUACCCCAAAAGCUCAAAAGAUUUUAGAGAGAGAGAGAGAACCCAUUUUCAGCACUGCCUUUGAAUGAUAUAUAUGUCUCUCUGGUGGAGCUGUUUUGAAUGAUAUUGGAGGACAGACUGAAGAGUGUUUAGAUAUGGCGUGCGUGAAGUUGGGAUCUAAAUCUGAAGUCUUUCACCUUGAUGGCCAAACUUGGCUUUGCUCAACUGGACUUCCCAGUGACAUUGUCGUUGAAGUCGGAGAAACAUCUUUCCAUCUCCACAAGUUUCCUUUGCUGUCUAGAAGUGGAUUGCUAGAGAAUGUUAUUGGAGAAGUUUCUAGCGAGGAUGAGCAGGAAUGUAUUGUGCAACUGCAUGACAUUCCUGGUGGAGCCAAAUCAUUCUUGCUGGUAGCCAAAUUUUGUUAUGGUGUGAGAAUAGAACUCCAUGCGUCAAAUGUAGUUAGUUUGAAGUGUGCGGCUGAGUAUCUUCGUAUGGGAGAAGACUAUGGAGAGGGAAAUCUCAUAACAAAAGCAGAGGAUUUCCUAAACGAAAUCUUUAGCAAUUGGAGUGAUUCCAUUAAAGCACUUGAAACCUGCGAAGAGGUAUUGCCUCAUGCCGAAGAGCUUCAUCUUGUUUCAAGAUGCAUCAAUUCAUUGGCAAUGAAAGCUAGUGCUGAUCCAGGUUUAUUCAGUUGGCCUGUGUCGGGAAAGGAUGCAACAGAGAGCUCAGAAGGCGUGGCGUUUUGGAAUGGAAUAUGCACAACAGCCAAGCCACAUCCAGUCAGUGAGGAUUGGUGGUAUGAAGAUGUCUGCUCCCUAAAGUUUCCUCUUUAUAAAAGACUGAUUCUGGCCGUUGAAUCAGGGAGCAUGAAGCCAGAGAGGAUUGCUGGCUCCAUCAUGCACUAUGCAAAGAGGCAUCUUUCCUUGUUGGGUAGGCAAUCGAGUUUUCGAAAUGGAAACCAUGCUGCCUCUUUAUCAACUGUUUCUGCUCCAUCUAAUCCAGACCAAAGGAAUCUCCUUGAAGAGAUAGUGGAAUUACUUCCUGAUCAGAAGGGUGUCACACCAACCAACUUCCUGCUUAGGCUUCUGCGGACAUCUAUGAUUUUGCAAGCUAGCACAUCGUGUCGAGAGAAUUUGGAGAGACAGGUUGGGGCCCAAUUGGAUCAAGCAGCUCUUGAAGAUCUCUUGAUACCAAACAUGGGGUACUCAGUGGAGACCCUCUAUGAUACUGACUGCGUUCAACGGAUUCUUGAUCACUUCAUGCUUAUGGACCGCGAUUCGAUUGAGUGUACUUCGAGCUGCAUAGUGGAUGAGGGCCAGUUGAUGGGUGCAUCUCAUUCACUGACCCCAAUGACCAUGGUAGCUAACCUGGUGGAUGGCUAUCUUGCAGAGGUAGCGCCUGAUGUUAACUUGAAGUUGCAAAAAUUUCAGUCUCUAGCUGCUGUUAUCCCUGAAUAUGCCAGACCAUUAGAAGAUGGAAUUUACCGUGCUAUCGAUAUAUACCUCAAGGCCCAUCCCUGGCUAACAGACUCCGAGAGGGAACAAGUCUGCAGGCUCAUGAACUGCCAGAAGCUCUCACUGGAAGCCAGCACACAUGCAGCCCAGAAUGAGAGGCUACCACUCCGUGUCAUUGUCCAAGUUCUGUUCUUUGAACAACUUCGGCUGCGCACAUCAGUUGCCAGUUGGUUCUUUGUAUCUGACAACCUUGAGAACUCACAAAACCAGAGUGGGAAUCUUGUGCUUGGUCGAAACGAGGCAUCUGCUCACGCUGGCACCGCGCGGCGUGAUCAUACUGUGACCGUUGAUGACAUGAGGGAACGAGUUUCCGAGCUAGAGAAGGAGUGUUUGAGCAUGAAACAAGAGAUGGAGAAACUGGUGAAGACAAAGGGGAGCUGGAACACAUUCUUGAAAAGGUUUGGUUUGAGACUCAAGUCAAAAUCUGAUGCCAAAAAAGCAUCCAAGCCCCGCAGUGAUUCCAAAGAAGCACCUACAUCUAUAGCACCACCACUUAUGAAAGGAAAACAAGAUUUUGAAAAUAAUGAAUUAAGAGAAUGAAUUUUCAAAAUACUAAAAUGAAAAUGAAACUUUUUUUUUUUUUUCCAGUCUAGUUAGUGUUGUUAAUGAUCUAGGCUGUGGCUUGUAAUUAUAUUUUAGACGUCAGAUACUGUAUUCCAUGAAACUUUCUCUUUAUCUUCCUCAAUUCUAUUCUAUGUUCAAAGAAUAUUGGGAAUAAUCAAAUGCAGAAUUCAAGGGAAAAUCACUGGAUCCUUGGUUGUAUUAUCAAACAUUCUCAAACACGA